AUGAGUGAUGAUUCGUCGUUUCCCCGGUCUGAUCUAGAAAAGGGACUCGGCAAUGAGACAGUUGUUUCGAUGACAAGCCUUGGCAAAGACUCACAAAAGACCGAGGCCGAAAUACCUCAGCACUCUCGACCUGAUAGCGACGCGAAGGAUCCCAAUCUAGUGACAUGGGAUGGACCAGAUGACCCCGAGAAUCCGUUCAACUGGAAAACUUACAAAAAAGCCCGGCAACUUGUGUUUAUGGCCUUCAAUACAUUUUUGACUCCUCUAGCCUCCUCAAUGUUUGCUCCAGGGGUGGAAGAUGUGAUGAGGGAGUUCGGCUCUUCUAGCACGAUGCUCGCCUCGUUCGUCGUCUCCGUCUAUGUAUUGGGUUACAUGGUCGGCCCUUUCCUGAUCGCACCAUUGUCUGAGCUAUAUGGACGGGUUCCGCUGUAUCACGCCUGCAAUUUGCUCUUUUUGAUCUUUACCAUUGCUUGCGCGGUCGCACAAAGCCUCCCACAGUUGAUCGUCUUCCGGCUUUUGGCAGGCAUUGCUGGUGUCUGCCCACUCACAAUCGGCUCGGGAACAGCCGCCGAUAUGGUUACUAAAGAAAAGCGUGCUGGUGUCAUGGCGAUCUGGGCUAUGGGACCCAUCCUGGGUCCGGUUAUUGGACCUGUCGCUGGUGGAUUUUUGGCCGAGGCAGAAGGAUGGCGCUGGGUCUUUUGGGUGAUUGCUAUCACGACUGGCGUCGUCAUUAUUGGAACUGUCCUCGGAUAUAGGGAAUCAUAUGCACCCGUCCUGCUGAAACGCAAGGCCGCUCGUCUCCGAAAAGAAACCGGUAACCCAGAUCUUCGAACAAUCUACGACACUGGCCGGACACCCCGCGGGCUUUUCUUGUCCGCACUUGCGCGUCCCGUCAAGCUCCUCUUUGGCUCGCCUAUCGUGUUCCUUCUAGCACUGUUCGCUGCCGUGACCUAUGGUUAUCUCUACCUCAUGUUCACCACAAUCACGUCGAUCUUCGAGAACGAAUAUGGUUUUUCCUCCGGGCUCGCGGGCCUGGCCUACCUGGGAUUCGGCGUUGGAUGUCUGCUUAGCCUUCUUGUUUGUGGUCGUGUCGCUAAUAAAAUUGCUGUUACUCACACGGCUCGGGGAUGCUUCACGCCGGAAUCACGUCUGCCGCCGAUGAUCUACGGGUGUUGGGCAAUUCCUAUCGGUCUGUUUUGGUAUGGCUGGUCCGCGAAAGCUCAUGCACACUGGAUUGUGCCUAUCCUGGGAACCGGUUUCUUCGGAGUGGGCCUGAUUUCCGUCUUCAUGUCGGCGAAUACCUACCUCGUGGACUGUUACUUAGUUCAUGCAGCCUCUGUGACUGCUGCUAGCACCGCGUUGCGAUCUUUGGUCGGAGCUGUUCUGCCCCUGGCAGGACCGUCAAUGUAUAGUGCACUCGGACUUGGAUGGGGCAACUCUCUUCUGGCAUUUAUCGCCUUGGCUCUGUGUCCGGUGCCUUUGCUAUUUGCGCGAUAUGGCGCAGCGAUUCGUACCAAUGCUCGGUUCCAAGUGCGACUUUGA